AUGGAAGGUGUCACGUCUCCUACACCACCUAAUUUCCGCAAAAUGACAACCGUAAAGCCAAGCGACGAUUUGGUUCCAGUAGAGUGUUGCCUUGCAGGCGUGUAUAUGGCGGGACUUGAGGCCUCAGCAUCUUUGCAACCCAAACGACCGUUUCGAAAGAAUAUAGCGGCCGAGGGAGAUACCGUCAUUGUCACCUAUUGCAAGAAUGAGAUUCAACUCAUCAAGCUUCGUCGUGGAGCCACUACUCAGAGUAAAUGUGGUGCCAUAAAACACAAUGAUGUUAUUGGCAAACCGUACGGAAGUAGGAUAGCUACUUCUGUGGGUCGAGUGAAUAUUCUCGCUCUGGACCCGGCCAUCUGGGCAAUAUCUGUGCCUCACCGAACACAGAUAAUCUACCCCAUCGAUGCAAGUAUGAUAGUCGGACAACUGGACCUGGUGCCGGGAUGUCGGGUGCUAGAAGCCGGGACGGGUAGCGGUGCGUUGACACAUGCUCUGGCGCAAGCAGUGUGGCCAACUGGCCACGUCUCCACCUUCGAUUUUCAUCAGGAGCGCGUGGAACGAGCUGUUGUGGAAUUUGAGGAGCACGGGCUUAAGGAUGUGGUGAGCGUGGAGCAUCGUGACGUUCUCUCAGACGGCUUCCCCGAAGCUGGUUCCCAACACAAUCCAGAGGGUUGUCAUGCCAUCAUGAUUGAUUUGCCUGAACCAUGGGUUGUGAUUCCAACGAUCGCCAAGUGCUUUGCUUUAUCCGGUGGUCGGGUGUGUGUAUUCUCGCCGUGUAUAGAACAAGUGCAGAAGACCUGUGAAAAUCUACGAUCCGCUGGCUUUUUGGAUGUUGAAGUGAUUGAAUGCAUUUCAAGAAACUACGAUCCUGUCCAUACCGUUUUGAAUGUGCCCAAUUUGGGUCAGGAUAAUGCCACGGACCUGUUCAAUGGCACCUACACGUACAAAAAGGCACAAGUAGCCGAGGCUCCUGGGACCGACAGCGGGGCAGACAAGAGACUAGCGCGUCGAAACGAGCCGCACCUCUUUCCUCCGCUCAGUAACUACCUCACCCUGAAUGAGAACCCCAAGGGCAAUGGUCAGGGAUAUCGUCAGUACGGUUACUGGGCUGCCUUGCCUAGGCAAAAAGACACGGGUCACACUGGCUACUUGACCUUCGCUUCAAGUAUACCCAUGACGACGUCCGUAAACAAUCCAUCUUGCGAUGUUGACAAUCAAGGUAACUGUGGACUUGUCGCACUUACCUCUUCAAAACGCCUUGCUAACACCUUGCUCUCCUCUUCGGUGAUGUCUAACCUAGCUAACCAGCGCCGAUGCAAAUGCAAAUGCAGUGUUCAAAUGUCACCAUUGCAAAAGAUUUUAUUGGUACUCCUCGUGGCUGUUGCGUACCGUUCGACACGCCAGUACUUAGCAGGCUGUGUCUGCUCUCUAGAGGGACGUCUAGAGGAUCGUGUGGCUCUCAUCUUGGCCGCGGACACGGAUAUUGGCAUCGCGACAGUUCGUGGGUUGGCUAGACGCGGCGCCCGUGUUGUCAUGGCCUGCCAGGUUGUAGAAAUCUGCAACACCGCGCGGCAGCAACUCAUCAGUGAAUUUGCCCACAUCAAAGCGGGCAGUAGUUCGCCUGAAAAAAUCGCCGAAUCGAAAUUGCGAGAAGAUACGAUCAGAAGUGUGUCCUCCAUUAAGGCUGAUCAGCUCUACGUCAGGAGUCUCCACAUCUCUUCGGCCGCCGCAAUCAAAAAAUUCUGUGAAUCCUUCAUCGCUGAAUUCAAGCAGCUCAACAUCCUCAUCGUGAAUGCAGUCUACCUUUCUGCAAAACCCGAACGCACUGUGGAGGGCUUCGAGCGCAAUAUGGGGCUGAAUUACGUGGCAAGUUUCCUACUCACCCAACACCUCUUGCCCCUGCUGGAGCAGUCAGCUAAGGUAGACGCCAUCUCGCGUGUAGUCUUUGUCUCCUCCCGACUGCACAAGUACGGCGAGUUGCCGACGACCUUGCCUACCACACGAAUCGACGCCAAGGACUUUUCUUGGUGGAAGGCCUACUCGUCUAGCCACCUGGCACUCAUAACUUAUGCUAACUAUUUGAAUACGCGGGUGGAUCCCUCCAAAACACGCAUUGUCAGCGUCCAUCCGGGGUUUGAAAAUAGACACUUCAGUAGCAUCCUUCCUGAGCCAUUCGCCUACUUGAUGACAAUGGUGGGCAAAUCCGCCUGGCAAGCCGCUCAAUCCACAAUUUUUGUGACUUUGAUGAGGCCCGGUGAGCCUGGAGUCUACUUCGAGGACUGUGUGUCUGCUUCGCCCCAUCCCGAGUCCUUCAACACGGAUGCAGCUAAGCAGAUGAUUAAGUUGACGAGGAGUAAACUUAAAGCCUACCUUCCUCAAGCCAUUCCAAAGUCUACCAAAGGUGCUUGA